GGAGCCGCUGCCCGGCCAUGGCCGCGGGCUCCGUCCCGUCAGCGGCGCGCUGGGAGUGCAGCCCCGCCGCCAACCCCGGGCGGCGGCGACGAUGGGGCGCCGAGGAGGACGCGGACGAGGGCCCAGCCGUGCUGGUCCUGAGCCACUUCUCCCGGCCGCCGUUUCUCAGCUUCGGCCGCCUGCGGGUGGGCGCUUCCCGCACGCUCCUGCUGGGAGUCGACAACCCCAACGAGGAGCACACGGACGUGGUGGUCGAGCGCUUCCCGGCCAAGGGCUUCAGCAUUGAGCAUCGCCGCUUCGCUGUGCAGUCAGGACAAAGAAUUUUUGUUUCUGUGACAUGGACACCAUUAGAAGAAGGAAAAGUCAGAGAGCUGGUAACUUUUGUUGUUAAUGGCAUUGUAAAACACCAAGCUGUGCUCCUCGGUGCUGCUGAGCAGCCCCCGAAGAAAAAGAGGAGUCUUUGGGAUAAAUUAAAAAAGAAAAACUCUUUAGAAACCUCUGCUGCAAUAAAAGUUACAAAGAGUACUUCAGAAAUAAAAAAUGUUGAUAAAACAUUUCAAGUUUCUCAGAAGGUGGAUAGACUUAGACGUCCACUUCAGGCAUGUGAAAAUCAGAGCACAGUGCAAAAUAGUAUGUCCCUAGGAAAUGACACUCUUCUUGGCUCAGAAAAUCAAUUACCUCCGUCUCCUAUUGCACCAGUGCCAGAAGAACAUCAUAGUACUGUUAGCACACCCCUUGCAAUGAGAAGAUCUACUACAUUUGCAGAUAUUGCUGCCUCUGUAAAUGAGGAAUUAUUGCCUCAGAUAGACAGCCAUAAUGUCAAGAGAUGUGUUAAUGAGCACAAUGAAUUGCAAUCUGAAAGUGUCUACAGUUCUGCUGGAUUAGCACAACUACCAAUUUCAGACAAUGCAGAAGUUCUUAAUUGUACACUCUCACCAGUUUGCACUCCAGAACACUCAGCAUCUGCACCUGCUUUAAGUACAAGGAGAAUUUUAAGUCCAGAUGCUUUUGUAAAUGGGAAUUAUCAAGUGGAUAUAGACACAAUAGAGCAGCAUUUUACAAUUCUGUCACCUGAGCAAUUUGUGAAAGACAGUUUGUCAGAUAAGGAAUCAAAGACUCCUAAACCUGAGGCAGCAUUAAUAUCAUCUACCACAGAGACUUACGUGGUAAAGAGAUUUCUACCCUCAAAAUGGAGAAAGGAUGGAGAUGUAGAGACAGAAACUCAUGUUUGCAUAGAACACAACUUACAUGAAGUCUUUGAGAUGCAUAAUGUAGCAUCACUUCAUGAUGAUAAACUCAAAGAAAAUCACUGUAGUUCUCGUUCUGCAGAGGAACCUCAGACUGAUAAUUCUUCUCAGAGAGAACAAACAAAAAAACGUCCAAUUCUUUCUGCCACUGUCAUAAAAAGUAAACCUGGUAUUACUGAAGAAACAAGAGCAGAAACCUGCCAGCCAAAAUCUAAAAAAUGCCUUAAUAAAGCAAUAAUAGAAUGUGCUAAUGUGGUGCCUGUACGUACAGAAGCAGAAAUAUCUGAACACUUGCCAGCUGCAGGUCCCAUUUCAGCUGAAAAUAAGUGUCACAACAACAAAGUAAAUUCAUCUCCUACUGGAUCAACUUCUUUGUGUCGUAAGAGGAAAAGUGAAACCUAUGUAGAAAAUAGUAGAGUCACAGCUUCAGUGUAUGUGGAAGAAGUGGAAAGAAAAAGAGCUCUUACAUCUAGCACGGGCAGUCAGACACAUACGACUGUGAGACCAUCAGCCUUCAAACCCACAAACCGAGAGAAAACAGGGCAGAGAAAGAAAGCAAGUUGUUCAGUUCAGAAAGCAUCUAAAACUACCAAAAGAAUUAGUAAACCUGUCCCUGGAUUGGCCCAGUCUCACCUGACAUUUGUGAAACCACAGAAAACAGUCAUCCCUAGGCACCCAAUGCCUUUUGCAGCUAAGAACAUGUUUUAUGAUGAACGUUGGAAGGAGAAACAGCAACGAGGUUUCACUUGGUGGUUAAAUUUUGUACUUACCCCAGAUGACUUCAGUGUAAAAACAAAUACCUCACAAGUAAAUGCAGCCGCUCUUAUCUUGGGAGAAGAGAACCAUCACAAAGUGAGCCUUCCUAAAGCACCAACGAAAGAUGAAGCGUCUCUAAAGGCCUAUACGGCUCAUCGGAAGCUGAAUAAGCUGCGCCGUGAAGCCUGUCGUUUGUUCACCUCUGAAACAAUGGUCAGAGCUAUUAAGAAACUGGAAGUUGAGAUUGAAACUAGACGUCUGCUAGUUCGUAGAGACAGACACCUCUGGAAAGAUAUAGGAGAGAGGCAGAAAGUGCUCAACUGGCUUUUGUCUUACAACCCUUUAUGGCUGCGUAUAGGUCUGGAGACUGUUUAUGGAGAACUGAUAGCAUUGGAGAGUAAUAGUGAUGUUAUGGGUUUAGCAAUAUUUAUCCUUAAUCGCCUGCUCUGGAACCCUGACAUUGCAGCUGAAUACAGACAUCCCACUGUGCCUCACCUUUACCGAGAGGGUCAUGAGGAAGCUUUGUCAAAAUUCACACUGAAAAAAUUGCUGUUGUUAGUUUGCUUCCUGGAUUGUGCCAAACGGUCCAGGAUGAUUGAACAUGACCCUUGCCUCUUUUGUAAGGAUGCAGAGUUCAAGGCUAGCAAAGACCUUUUGCUUGCAUUUUCCCGGGACUUCCUGAGUGGUGAAGGUGACCUUUCCCGCCAUCUCGGUUUCCUAGGACUACCUGUCUGCCAUAUUCAAACUCCACUUGAUGAAUUUGAUUUUGCUGUAACAAAUCUGGCUGUGGACUUACAGUGUGGCAUUCGUCUCGUGAGAACGGUGGAGCUUCUGACCAAAAACUGGAAUCUUUCAAAACAACUGAGAGUUCCUGCAAUAAGUCGUCUACAGAAAAUGCAUAAUGUUGAUAUUGUUCUCAAUGUCCUUAAAGAGCGAGGAAUACAUUUGAAAGAUGAAAAUGGUGCUUCAAUUGACUCCAGGGAUAUUGUGGAUAGACACAGAGAACGAACAUUAGCACUCCUGUGGAAAAUUGUCUUUGCCUUCCAGGUGGAUGUUUUUCUGAAUGUGGAACAGUUAAAAGAAGAAAUUGAGUUUUUGAAUAACUCACACAAGAGAAAAGCUCAAUUAAGUGCUCUCAAGACUUUUCCAAACUCUGUUAGAGUACAAGAAGACAAUGAUAACUCCUCACCUCAGAGUUACAGUGAAAAUGUGAAGCUCCUGAUGACAUGGGUUAAUGCUGUUUGUGGAUUUUACAAUAUCAAGGUUGAAAAUUUCACAGUGUGUUUCUCAGAUGGUAGAGUAUUAUGUCAUUUGAUUCAUCAUUAUCAUCCGUGUUACGUGCCUUUGGAAGCUGUGUGCCAACGAACAACUCAAACAGUAGAAUGCUCAAGAACUGUUAGAGUGGGACUAAACUCUUCCUCCUCGUCAGAGUCAGAUACUUCUCUAAAUGUUAUGGAAGAAAUGUUUGAUCACACUGUAACUCCCUCAGUCCUAUACAAGGAACUCUUGGACAACGAAAAGAAAAACUUCCAGCUGAUCAAUGCUGCAGUUUCUGACCUAGGCGGAAUACCAGCAAUGAUUCAUCACUCAGACAUGUCAAAUACAAUUCCUGAUGAGAAGAUUGUUAUUACUUACCUGUCAUUCCUGUGUUCGCGGCUUCUUGAUCUGCGGCACGAAACUCGAGCUGCACGAAUAAUUCAGUCUGCUUGGAGGAAUUACAGGCUGAAAAGGGAACUGAAGCUACAUCAGGAAAGAGACAGAGCUGCUCGGAUAAUUCAGAAAUCUGCAAUAAACUUCUUGUCUCGUCGACACAUCCUGAAGAGAGUGAAUGCAGCCAUUUCCAUCCAGAAGCACUGGAGAGGAUACUUGGCCAGGAUGACUUUCUGCAAUCUGAAAAAGGCAAAACUGGAGGAAGCCAGAAGUAAAUCUGCCACAGUCAUUCAGGCUUAUUGGAGGAGAUACUCUGCUAGGAAAAGAUAUUUACAGCUAAGAUACUAUGUUAUUUUUGUACAAGCAAGGAUAAGGAUGGUGAAGUCUGUUGCUGCAUAUAAGCGAAUUGUUUGGGCUACUGUUACAAUUCAGAGUCAUCUGCGUGCAUCUAAGUUGGCAAAAAAAGAUCGACAGAGAUACAAAAUCUUAAAGUCUUCAGCACUUACUAUUCAGUCUGCAUUCAGAAGAUGGAGAAAACACAAAAUUCAACAGAAAAUUAAAGCGACUUUAGUACUUCAGACUUAUUUCCGAAAAUGGCAAUCUUCAAAACUGGCUAAGAGAAGGAGGGCUACCCUUGUCAUACAGUCUUGGUACAGGAUGCACAGAGACCUUAAACAAUAUCUCUAUAUUAGGCAAAAUGUUAUCAAGAUUCAGGCUUGGUACAGGUGUCAGCUGGCCAGACGUGUUUACCAGGAACAUAGGGCAAAGAUAGUGAUAAUUCAGCAGUAUUACAGAGCUUAUAAACUAGGGAAAACUGAGAGAGAGCACUAUUUACAAAAGCGUGCAGCAGUGAUAGUUCUCCAAGCUGCUUUUAGAGGCAUGAAGGCACGUAAGCUGUACAGGCAAACAAAAGCAGUUUGUGUUGUUCAAUCUCUGUGGAGAAUGAAAAAAGAGAAACAAAGAUUUCUGCGAUUAAAAAAAUCUGUUACUACACUGCAGUCACAUGUGAGGAAAUACCAGCAAGUAAAAAGAUACAAAGAGAUUAAAAAUGCUGCUUCUGUAAUUCAAACUCGAUAUAGGGCACAUAUCGCCUCUAAAAAAGCAGCUGCUUCUUUCCAGAGGAUGCGUCUGGCUGUCAUUGUUCUCCAGUCUGCCUACAGAGGGAUGGAAGCUCGGAAAGAGGCUCAGAUGUUGAGAGCUGUGAUCAAAAUUCAGGCAAGUUACCGUGCUUAUGUCGUCCAGAAGAGAUUUAAAAACUUGAAAGGUGCGACAGUAAAGAUUCAAGCUUUUGUAAAGAUGUGGCAAGCACGUAAACAUUAUUGCGCUUUAAGGGAGGCAGCACUUUAUGUCCAGCGAAGGUAUCGGUCUCAUAGAUAUGCUCUUCAACUUAAAGAAGAUUUUAGGAAAUUGAAGGGAACUUGCAUAAGAAUUCAGGCUGUAGUCCGAGGCUAUCUUGUCAGGAAACAAAUACAGAGGUGGAGGGAGACUGCAGUAUUUCUUCAGGCCUGCUACAGAAUGAGAAGGGACAGGAAACGGUACUUAAGCAUCUAUAGGGCUGCCAUUGUCAUUCAACAACGUUAUCGUGCAUACAAAAAACAACGAUGUCAGAGGCAGGAAUUCUUGCAAGUUAAAAAAGCAGCUCUGUGCUUACAGGCAGCCUACUGGGGUUAUAAAACACGCAAAAAGCUUAAACUUGAAUAUAGAGCUGCUAUUAAAAUUCAGACUGCUUUUAGAGCUCAUGCUGCACGAAUGAAACACAAAGCAGUGGUUCAAGCCUCCGUUGUGAUUCAGAGGUGGUACAGAAAUUGUAGGAUUGGUAACAGGCAAAGACAGAACUUCUUAAUGACAAGAGCAGCAGUGCUUUCUUUACAAGCAGCUUUCCGUGGCUGGAAGGUUCGAAAGCAGAUUCGAAGACAGCAUGUUGCUGCUACUGUGAUACAGUCUGCCUUCAGAAAAUUCAUGGCUCUGAAAAAGUUCAGGCUUGUGAGCCAUGCUGUGCUAACUAUUCAGAGGUAUUACAGAGCCAGUGUUAUGGGCCGGAAACAACGGCAAGAAUACGUUCAGCUGCGUAACUCUGUAGUGUGUCUUCAGGCAAUGUGGAGGGGGAAAGCUGUGAGAAAAACAAUUCAGAAGCACAAUCUUGCAACAGUUAUUCAGACCUAUUACAGGAUGCAUGUAAAUCAACUAAAAUACAAGAAACUAAGACAAGCCACUCUAGUGAUUCAGAAAUACUUCAGAGCUUACUGUAUGAAAAAAAACCAACGUGCAAUUUAUCUAAAAACAAAGGCAGCUGUGUUAGUCUUGCAGUCUGCUUACCGUGGAAUGACUGUGAGAAAACAACUAAAAAAACUAAACAAAGCUGCUACAACUAUACAAGCUGCCUUCAGAUCUUACCUGGCCAAGAAGGAAUAUGAAAGACUUAGAUCUGCAGCUAUAGCUAUGCAAAGGCGUUAUCGUGCAGUUAUUCAUGCUAAAUGUCAAAGGCAGAGAUAUUUGUCUUUAAAAAGAGCCAUAGUCAAAAUGCAGGCGAUUUACAGAGGUGUAAGAGUCAGACGACAAAUUCGCUGUAUGCAUCAAGCAGCUGUUUGCAUCCAAGCCACGUUUAAGAUGCAUCAGAUGAACAUAAAAUACCGGUCAAUGAGAAUGGCAGCAAUUAGAAUUCAAAGACAGUAUAGGGCAUUUUGUUUAGGCAAAGUACAGCGCAAAAAGUACUUGGAACUAAAGAAGUCUAUCAUAAUCCUUCAGGCUGCUUGCAGAGGCAUGAAAGUCCGACAAGACUUAAAAACUAUGCAUCAGUCAGCAGCAGUAAUACAGUCUUAUUAUCGAAUGCGCAGACAACAGAGGGAUUUCAGAAAAUUGUUGCUGGCAACUAAGCAGAUUCAACAGUGGUUCCGUGCUUGUAAGGAGAGGAAUGCGCAAGUUCACAAGUAUAUGAUGAUGAAAAAUGCUGUACUACUCAUCCAGGCUGCGUUCCGUGGUACGAAAACAAGAAGACUUAUCAGAACUAUGAGUGAAUCAGCUGUGAUUAUUCAAAGAAGAUUUAGAACUUUUCUUGAAAGGAAACGUUUUCUUUCCAUUAAGGCAGCUGCUGUUGUAAUUCAGAGAAAAUACAGAGCAACAAAACUGGCAAAAAUUCAACAUCAAAAAUAUAUCUCUUUCCUUAAUGCUGCUGUUAUCAUACAGUCUGCUUACAGAGGAUUUAUGGUAAGGAAAAAAAUGCAGCAAAAGCAUCAAGCUGCUACAGUUAUUCAAGCAAUGUUAAGAAUGCAUAAAAUUUACACUUCUUAUCGAGAAGUCAAACGUGCUUCACUAAUCUUACAGCAACGUUAUCGAGCUUACAGGGAAGGGAAGCAUGUGAGAGAAAGAUAUUUAAAACUGUACAAUUCUGUUUUAGUACUUCAAGCUGCCUAUAGAGGAAUGAAAACAAGAUGCUUCUUGAGGACAAGACAUGAGGCAGCACUUACAAUACAGAGAAACUACCAAAUGUAUAGGCAGUACCGUCAUUACAGAAAACUUAAGUGGGCAACCCAGCUAAUACAGAAGAGAUACAGAGCGAAUAAGCUAAGGAAAGUUGCAGUACAGCAUUACUCUUCAUUAAAGAAAGCAGUAACUUGUAUCCAGAAGGCCUUUCGAGCCAUGCGAGCAAGAAAACAACAGCGAGAAAUGCACCGUGCUGCUACUGUUGUUCAGAAAAAUUUUAAAGCCUUUAGAGAACAUCAGAGAUACCUCUCUCUUAAAGCAGCUACACUUGUCUUUCAGAGAAGAUACAGGGCUUUACUUCUGUCAAGACGGCAUACUUUGGAAUAUCGUUCUCUUCGCAGAGCAACUAUUUGUAUACAGGCUGUGUACAGAGGUAUCAGGGUGCGGAACAGCAUCAAGCACAUGCAUUCAGCUGCCAGUGCAAUACAGUCAGCCUAUAGAAUGCACAGGGAUAGAAAGUCCUAUCAAAAUAUGAGAACUGCAGCUAUUGUUAUACAGAGCUACUAUCGAUCCUACGUGAAAGGAAAAAAACAACGGAAGGAAUAUCUGACAAUGAAGAAGUCUGUUCUUGUUAUUCAAGCAUCAUACAGAGGCAUGAAGGCACGGCAGAAACUGAGAGUCAUGCAUGUUUCAGCCACUGUAAUACAGUCUAGUUAUCGCAUGUACAUACAGCAUAGGCAUUACAAACAGUUGUGCCGGGCUGUCAGAAUCAUACAGCAGAGGUUCAGAGCCAAAAUGGCAAAAGAAGCUGACAUGAAAAACUAUGCAAAAAUGAAAAAGGCUGUCAUCUGCCUUCAAGCUGCUUUUCGCGCUAAAAAAACCAGGCAGUUGUAUAAAGCCAAUGUUGCUGCACGGUGCAUUCAGUCAUUCUUACGAAUGUGCAGAGACAGGAGACAUUUUCUUGAAAAGAAAUCAGCAGUAAUAACAAUCCAGUCAAUGUUCCGACGCCAAAGAACAAGGACUCACUAUAAAUUGAUCCGGAGUUCAGCAAUUGCUAUUCAGAGGUGGUACAGAUCAUGUCACGGGGCUCGUUUACAGAGAGCAGAGUAUUUGGCUCAAAGACAAGCAAUAGUCGUUAUUCAGUCUGCCUUCCGUGGUUUGAAAGCAAGAAAAAUAGCAAGGCAACUACAAGCUGCAAGAAAGGUUCAGUCUUUUCUUCGGAUGGUUGUGCAACGUAGAAAAUAUGUUCAACUUAAAACAGCAGCUAUUACAUUACAAGCCUACUACUUAAUGCGUAAAACUCAAUCACAGUAUGCAAGCUAUAGAAAAGCAGCAGUUGUCUUACAGCGGUGCUACCGAUCCCACUUGACUGUGAAACACCAAAGAAUGGCUUACUUACAAACCCGGAGGAACAUUAUCAUUGUGCAGGCUAGAGUCAGAGGAUUCAUUGAAAAGAAGAGGUUUCACAAAGUUAAAGAAAGCGCAGUAAAAAUUCAGGCAUUUUUCCGUGGAUUUCUUGAGAGAAAGAAAUACCUUCGGUGCAAGUUUUCUGCUGUACUAAUACAGCAGCACUACAGAGCCCAUCGGAUGCAACAUAUUGAACAACAAAGAUACCGUCAAAUGAAAAGAACUGCCAUUAGAAUUCAGGCAGCAUAUAGAGGAUAUAAAGCCAGGCAGUGGGUUAAAAAAACGAGAGCAGCACAAGUAAUCCAAGCCUGGUUUCGAGGUCACAAAGCACGAAAGGAAUAUGCAACUGUGGUAAAAGCUGCACUUGUUAUUCAGAGUCACUUCAGGACGAAGCAGCUGCGGACCUGGUUUUUGGAAAUGAAGUUCUGUGCACUUACCAUCCAAAGAAGAUGGAGGGCAACCCUCACGGCACGAGUGAUUCGGAAUCACUUUCUGGCAACUAAGAAUGCUGCAGUUAAGAUUCAGCUGGCAUAUAGACAGUACAGGGCUAGAAAACUUCUAAGAGAGAAGCUUCAGGCUGCAUGUUUGAUCCAAAAAGCAUAUAGAGGUUUCAAGGCAAGAAGGAAAUUUGUUCAACAAAAAGCUGCUGCUGUAAUUAUCCAAAAACAUCUGCGGGCUUGGCAGGAAGGCCGGCUUCAAUUUAUGAAAUACAAUAAGACUAGAAGAGCUGUCAUUAAACUGCAAGCAUUUAUACGGGGUUAUUUAGUCAGAAAAAAGAUUUCAGAACAGAAACAAAAAAAGAGACUACUUCAUUUUACAGCAGCUGCAUAUCAUCAUCUCUCUGCAAUUAAAAUUCAAAGGGCAUAUAGGAUUCAUCUCACCUUAAAACUUGCACAAAACCAGAUCUCCUCUAUUCUUAUAAUACAGAGAUGGUUCCGAGCAAAAAUGCAACAGAAGAGAUUUCUAAGAGAUUAUCAAAGAAUCAUUCUAUUACAACGUGCCAUUCGAGGCUGGCUGAAUCACAGACAUGAUGCAGCAACCAUAAUCCAGCGAAAUGUGCAAAGAUUCCUUGCUUACAGACGUAGGAGAAAAUUUGCAGUUGGAAUAAUUAAAUUUCAGGCAUUGUGGAGAGGAUAUUCUUGGAGAAAGAUUAAUGACACAGCAAAAACUAAAGCUUUACGACACAGUUUAGCAAAGGCUAAUGAAAAGAGCAGAGAAGAAAACAAAUUGUGCAACAGAACUGCAACUGCAAUUGAAUACCUUCUAAAAUACAAACAUCUGUCUUACAUUCUUGCAGCAUUAAAGCAUCUUGAGGUGGCUACCAGGUUGUCCUCACUGUGUUGUGAAAAUAUGGCCCAAAGCAGAGCAAUCUUCAGUAUUUUUGUUCUGAUUCGAAGUUGCAACCGGAGUGUUCCAUGCAUGGAUGUGAUCAGAUAUUCCGUUCAGGUUCUACUUAAUGUUUCAAAGUAUGAAAGAACUACUCAAGCAGUUUAUGAUGCAGAAAAUUCUAUAGAUACUUUACUAGACCUCCUGCAAAUGUACAGAGGGAAAGCUGGGGACAAAGUUUCAGAGAAAGGAGGAAGCAUUUUCACAAAGACCUGUUGUUUGUUGGCCAUCCUUUCAAAGGACUCAAAAAGAGCUUUGGAAAUCCGAGGCAUGCCAAGAACUGUUCCUUGCAUUCAAAGCCUGUAUAAACUUACAGCUCGGAAACACAGAAUGGAUGCAGAGAGAACACUUGUGAAGCAGAAAACAAACACUGUCUUAGGCGGAAGUUGUUAUGUUCCAGUAACUCCUUUAAGAAUAAAAACAGUUUCAAAAAUUAAACCAGACUGGGUCUUGAGGAAAGAUAACAUGCGAGAAAUCGUGGAUCCUCUGCAAGCAAUUCUGAUGGUGAUGGACACACUUGGUAUUGCCUGCUACUGAAAUGUAAAUGAUGUAUAGGAAAAUGUAUUUGUACAGUAUGUAUGUGUUAGUAGUUGGCUAAAUGAUUUUAAAAGAAAGCAAACAAGUGUCAAGCUGUCCUUGGAAAUGUAUUUUCAAAUUGCAGUUAAUAUUUUGGUAACGCUUUGUAUUGUAUACAGUUUUGAAACCCUGUUUUGUACUACCAAAAGCAUUUUACAAUAAAAUCAUUUCAUUCGAUUUUA